AUGGAAGAAGAUAGCACUUAUCCAACAAGUCGUUUUAUUAAACUUUAUGAUAAAAAAAGAACUUUCUAUUACAAAAUCAUAAAAGAGGGAACAUAUCCUCUUACCAAUCAACUUCAUUACACCAGAAAUCCAAAACAUCCAAUUCCUCACAAUUAUAUUGUUGAAACUCAAUAUGGAAAAGCAAACCAUAUUGUAAAAUGUUCAAUUAAUUAUGUGGAAGGAAAACCUUUAUUUAAAGUCAACUUUGGAGAAAAUUUUGCGAAAGAAGAGUUCAAAGAAGCUACUAAUAAAGGAAAAAUAUCUGGCCAUCUACUUUUUGGUCUCAAGUUACUUAGUGUUGAACGAGUGAAUAAGUCAGUGACAUUAAAAAUUCAACCUUUUAGUGAACUUAGCAACACCACAAGAAGCCGAAAGAUGCUAUGCUUAUCACAAUGUAUUUUGGAUGCUGUUGAAGAAGAAAAGGAAAACAUGUUCCAUCCAACUGACCAAAUAAAACUUAAGCAAGUAAAAUUUGAAUCUUAUAAUGAUUUAUAUGAUAUUAAUUUUGAGCAGUUAAAUAUAAUGGGAGAAAUAAAAAGAAUUGAGGCAGUAGUUAAAUCUUUAGACAGAAAUCAUAUUUCAAGAGAGGCAUAUCGAUCUUUAGCACGAAUUGAACAUAGUAUACCACGUGAAGAGGCAGUAUCAACUACACGACAAAGAAUCAAUAUAGAAAUGAGAAAAAAUAUUCCAUUAACUCUUGUUGAUUUAUUACAACCAACUAUUUUUGAGCCAAUUACAGAAAAGCCUCAUAUUACUGAUAAUGCAGUUAUUACAAAUAUGUUAGAAUCAAUUGGUAAAGGAGGACAACGGCGUAUUACAAAUAUUCUCAAUUACAUUGUACCGUUAUAUAUAGAACGAGGAAUCUUAACUCCUGAGACAUCAACUUUAUACAUUAGAAUUUCAGGUGAUGGACGCAAUGUUGGUCGCAAGGUUAAACAUGUUAUGGUAACAAUAACAUUAUUAAAUGACCUUAAUGGUUUACAAAAACCAGAUAACAAUUAUACAUUAGUCUUAUAUCCAGGAGCUGAAUCAUAUGAAUCUCUUAAAAAUGCCCUAACUCCUUUAAUUUCUGACUUGUCUAUAUUAAAAGAAAAAGGAUUUGAUCAAAUAGGAGGUAAUCACUGGCCGGUUGAACUAUUUUUUAGUUCAGACUGGAAAUUUCUAUCAAUAUGUCUAGGAAUAAAAGCCGCUAACGCUCAACAUUUCUGUCCAUGGUGUGAUUGUAGUAAAGAUGAAAUUAACACUACAACAAAAACAAUAAAUAAGUCAAUGGAUGAGAUUAAAGAUAAUUAUAAUCAAAUUAAUGGUCAUAUUAAAAAACCACUAUUUUAUAUGAUACCUUUACAAAACUGGGUAUGUGACGAAUUACAUGUUUUUUUACGAAUAACAGACAGAUUAUGGGAAUUGAUACUUUCUGAUCUUCGUCGUAAAACAACAAAUGAAGAAAUUUGGAAAGAAAAAAUAUUAUUAGAAAUGCAGAGACUUAAGAUAACAUUUCAAUUUUGGCGUGAAAAAAAUAGUAACAAUCUAUCAUAUACUUCCCUUAUGGGACCAGACAAGUUAAAAAUCCUGAAAGAAUUUAAUCUUAUUGCCAUUUUUCAGUCAAUAGAAAGAGCUAUACAAAUCCAAGAAUUAUGGAAUCAAUUUAAUGAACUGUAUAUCUUGAUGCAAAACAUGCAAACUACAGGUGAAACUUUUCGUUAUAAGGCUCAAACUUGGCUAAAUGCAUUUUUAGCUCCUUCUAAAGGUCAUCCCAACAGGAGUAAUUUUGUUAGAAGAAUCGGUGGAAAAGAAAAACCACAUGCAAGUGUGCCUUUAUUUUCGAAACACAUUAAAAGAUGGGGACACGAGAAUUCACGAAAAUCUGCAAUUGUAGAAAUGUUAGAACAUGAAAAUCGGCAAUUAUAUUUUGCGUUAAACGAAGUACCAAAUUUUUUUGAAAAACCAAAAAAAUACAGAAUAAUUUAG